GUCCCAUUGAAUCCUGUAAAACCAUGCUCUGCUUCAGCACCACGUUCUUGCUGGCAACAACCUGUCUGCUUGUAAAUGCAGGUUUCCCCUUAGAGACAACUACCACCUGUGACGGCGACUUUGUUCAUCGCCUGAGCUGUACAGAUGAUGGAGUGAUCAGUGUUCAGACAGCACUGUACGGACGUGAAGACAGUAAGACUUGCAUUGAGGGAAGACCUUCACACCAGUUUUCUAGUACAGCAUGCUCACUGCAGGGCGCAGUGGAUGUCCUGAAGUCCAGGUGUGAUGGAAAAAAGGUGUGUGAACUGAGCGUAAAUGUCUUCGGAUCAUCUGAUCCCUGCUUUGGCACCUAUAAAUACUUGCAGACCAAGUACCACUGCCUCCCAGCAAUUCACCUUAUAACAUGUGAGCACUCUGUGGCACAUCUGCACUGUGAUGAAGGGCAGGUUAUAUCUGUCUACCAUGCUAAUUAUGGGCGCACUGACCAGACCACUUGCUCUUACAAACGGUCUGCCUCUCAGACAGGAAAUAUCGACUGCAUAAACCCCACCAGCAAAGUUGCUGAGAGCUGUGAUGGGGAAAACAGCUGUACUAUCGUGGCAAGCAACUCAGUGUUUGGAGACCCUUGUGCCGGCAUUUACAAGUACCUGGAGGUGGCUUACGUCUGUCAGUUCUGUCCCCACCAUCAGCGUCAACGGUCACGUCCCAUUGAAUCCUGUAAAACCAUGCUCUGCUUCAGCACCACGUUCUUGCUGGCAACAACCUGUCUGCUUGUAAAUGCAGGUUUCCCCUUAGAGACAACUACCACCUGUGACGGCGACUUUGUUCAUCGCCUGAGCUGUAAUAUUGGAGUGAUCAGUGUUCAGACAGCACUGUACGGACGUGAAGACAGUAAGACUUGCAUUGAGGGAAAAACUUUACAGGAGAUUUCUAAUACAGAGUGUUCACUGCAGGGCGCAGUGGAUGUCCUGAAGUCCAGGUGUGAUGGAAAAAAGGUGUGUGAACUGAGCGUAAAUGUCUUCGGAUCAUCUGAUACCUGCAGUGACACCUAUAAAUACUUGCAGACCAAGUACGACUGCCUCCCAGCAAUUCACCUUAUAACAUGUGAGCACUCUGUGGCACAUCUGCACUGUGAUGAAGGGCAGAUUAUAUCUGUCUACAACGCUGAUUAUGGGCGCACUGACCAGACCACUUGCUCUUACAAACGGUCUGCCUCUCAGACAGGAAAUAUCGACUGCAUAAACCCCACCAGCAAAGUUGCUGAGAGCUGUGGCGGGAAAAACAAUUGUACUAUCGAGGCAAGCAACUCAGUGUUUGGAGACCCUUGUGUUAGCACUUACAAGUACCUGGAGGUGGCUUACGUCUGUCAGUUUUCCAGGCAGACAGAGCAUGUUAUUGUGAAAUAAGAGCAACUGGAACACCUGUUUGGUCUCAAAGAUCCAUCAGCUCCUCUGAGAGAUGGAUAGCAGCCAAUAGGGUAAGGGUUUUGCACUUAAGGCAAGGGCAGUUCUUGACCCAACAGAAUAAAUACAGAUCUGUCUGAUGCAACCUUCA